GGCACAUCGAGGGUGCUAUCAUAGUAAUGCAGCACUGGAGAGCGGUUGCUAUCAGGUUGUGUACAUUUGUGUCGUGUAACAAACCAAUGCACAGACACACAAGGAACUAAAUCCUAACACAGCAGCAGUUAUGGAGACAGCAGUGAAGCGAUAUGACCGCAAAAACGAGUGACUCAUACUAAAAAUGUAUUGGGAAUCCCCCUUAUUUUCCAUUAUACCGCGCACUGGGAAUUUGUCAUAUUUUUUGGAAUUGGCUUGUACGAGACUGGUGUGAACAACAACAAACCGUAACAGUAGAGGAGUCCGGGGAUUUUAUACCGAACUGGACGGUUUGCAAGUUCACUCCUUGUCGACUAGUCUGCACUCAGACGCGUUUGCAUUGCAACAAGCGCGCAGGCCCGGCCAUUGCACAAUGUUGAUUUUUAAUUUAAGCACCCAGGACCAAAUACUGUUUGCGGAGGGGGACGGAGAAAACCAAACUACAAUUUUAACACAGCGAGUUUUUAAGCCUGUGACAAUGGCCACCCAGCAGGACAUAUCGCCCCCAGUUUCCCUGGACAGUCUGCAGUCAGGAUUUGCUACCAACGUCCUGGCAAACAAACUUGAAGUGAAGCAUCUUUGUAACAUGUGUGGACUAAUCUUGAGACGGCCUCUCCAAGCUCCUUGUGGGCACCGCUACUGUUCGGGCUGUCUGAAGAGGAUGGUGAGCUCCGGGCCUCAGAAAUGUGAUGCAUGUAUAAAAGAAGAAAUAUUUGAGGAACCAAUAUCUAUAUUAACGAAAGACUGUGCUUUUCCAGACAAUGCGGCCCGCAGAGAGGUGGAGGCUCUGCCUGCAGUUUGCCCGAAUGAGGGAUGCGUGUGGAAAGGCACUAUUAAAGACUAUGAGACUAACCAUGAAGGGAAGUGUGAGUUCAGGAUGAUUCCCUGUCCGGCGUGUUGUGACACCAUAAGAUUUAACGAAAGAGAGCACCACAGCGAACGGGAAUGCCCAGAAAGAACUUUGAAUUGCAAAUACUGCAAAGAACUUUUUUAUUUUAAAAACAUUAAGGCUCAUGAUGAGAUAUGCCAUAAAUUUCCUAUGACCUGUGAAGGGUGUGCUAAGAAAAAAAUUCCAAGAGAAAAGUAUGUGGACCAUAUUAAGUUAUGUAGUAAAUGUAAAGCGCCGUGCAGAUUUCAUGUUGUUGGGUGUAAUGCAUCAGUGGAGAAUGAAAAGGUGCCGGAGCACGAGCGGAUGUGUGCUUACGAGCACCUGAACAUGCUGCUCCACUACAUCAUGAACAUCAAGAUGAACCUGGAGGACCUUCAGCCCCAGAGCCUGGAGAACACCAGCCUGAAGAUCCACAGGCUGCACGAGUCCGUGACAGAGCUGGAGCUGAAGCUGGGGCAGCUGAACCUGGCUCCCGUGCAGGGAGCCGCGGCCGCCGCCUCCUCCAGAACCCUCGCCCCUCUUCUGCCCGUCGGACCCCUGGAGCAGCAGAGCUCAAUGUUGGGAGAGCUGCAGAGGAAGACCCAGGAGCUGGAGCUGAAGAUCGGGACCUUAGAGAACAUCAUCUGCGUCCUGAACCGCGAGGUGGAGAGGUCCUCCACCUCCAUCGAGGCGAAUAAUCGUCAGCACAGGCUGGACCAGGAGAAGAUCGAGAUGCUGAGCAAUAAGGUGCAUCAGCUGGAGCGCGCGAUGGCGCUGAAAGACCUGUCCAUCGCUGAGACGGAGGGACAUCUGCGUGAGCUCUCCGCCGCUACGUACGACGGGGUCUUCAUCUGGAGGAUAUCAGACUUCAGCAAGAAACGGCAGGACGCCAUCGCCGGCCGCGCACCCGCCAUGUUCUCCCCAGCUUUCUAUACCAGCAAGUACGGGUAUAAGAUGUGCAUGCGAAUUUACCUGAACGGAGACGGGACGGGCAGGGGGUCGCACCUCUCCCUGUUCUUUGUGGUGAUGAGGGGGCAGAGCGACGCCCUCCUGAAGUGGCCCUUCAACCAGAAGGUCACUCUGAUGCUGCUGGACCAGAAUAACCGGGAGCACAUCAUCGACGCCUUCCGCCCCGACGUCACCUCCUCCUCCUUCCAGCGGCCGGUCAGCGAGAUGAACAUCGCCAGCGGCUGCCCGCUCUUCUGCCCUCUGCUCAGGCUGGACGCCAAGAACUCCUACAUCCGCGACGACACCAUCUUCAUCAAGGCCAUAGUGGAUCUGACUGGCCUUUAGCACGACAGUGUGUCUGCCGGACUCAACAUUUGUGAGGUCAUAGCUGUCUUAAAGCCCUCAUAAAAUGGGUGACUCGCUGCUUAGUAAAACUAAAAAAAAAACAAAAAACUU